AUGUCAAAUAUAACAACAAUGGCACUGCCUCCUGAAGCAUGUCAUCGAAUCAUCCAUUGGACACGUCGAUGCGAUCUCACUGCGCUGUGCCUGACCAGCAAGUUGCUUCAGAAAUCUGCAGAGAUCAAGCUAUACGAGGUUAUCAUGUCCGGUGAUAUCAAUGUCAUUUUUCGAGCGUGCGAGAGUAUCGUAUCGCAGGAACGUCUGGGCCCAUACGUCCGCUCCUUCUAUCUCUACCUGAACGCAAGGCGCACUCAAACAGAGCUGCCUGCCCGCUUCUGGAACAUGGUACAGAAAGCACUUUGGAAAAUGCGUUGUCUGGACGUACUUUACAUCGAUGAUCCAGCCCGUGCCAAUUCUUGGAUUUUGAAUGACAUCCAAAAAAUUCCGUUUCAGCUCCGAGAAGCAAACUUUCGCCUCCCGUGGAAUCGACACAUCAUAAAGUUCCUGGAGAGCCAGAACAAACUUAGGCAAUUCCAUAUUUCGGGUGGUAUAGAUGAAGAUGCUCCACAAUUUGAAGAUGGUAGCUUGCCUGACCUGUGCACCUUCGACGGGCACCUCGCUUCAGCCACGCAGUUACUUUCUAUUCCUUGCUGCCUUCGCCAUCUUCGCAUACCUUUGGAUAGAAGCACUAACAAGCAACUUUUGGAAUUUAUUCCCAAUCUUUCUACCAUCUCGCGAACUCUCCGUUCACUGAAUAUCAUUCAUAUUCCCGAGGAUUUGUCGGUGGAAGCGAUCAAGCUCAUCUCGUUUGUGUGCCCUGACCUUCAUUAUGUUGGGAUUAUCCCAUUACCAAUGACUUUUCCCCACCGCAGCAUGAUUCAUGACGCUCUUUUGGCUAUGCAUAACCUACGAGAUCUCGAAGUCGAUGUAUCACGAUGGUCGCCUCUGCCUAAUACAGGUUCACUGCAACGCAUGCUUGCAACUGAACUACACACAUACUGCUCUUCUUUAGAGCACGUCAUCCUCCGCACAGGAAGCAACCGAACAUUGUGGUCCUUCGACGGAAAUGAGUGGAAUAUUCGUUCUGAAAACGGGCAGCAUCUGCUCGUCGAUGGACUAUGGAAGAAUAAAUGA